UUUCUUUUUUUCCCCUUAUAUUUCCGUCUCUCGUAGAAUUAUAUUAUAUAAAAAGAUAAGAUCGAAAUGAUUAUGAAUUUAAAUAAAAUCUAAAAUGUCAAAACAGGUAUGAAUUAUUCUAUUUUAAAAUCUUAUUAAUCCUCCUAUCGAUAUAAUCAAAAGUACAAAAUUCGUAUAUAUCACGAGAUUUAAGUACAUUCUAUCUAGAUUUUAUUUUUAAACAAUAAUAGAAAUAUCUGUUAUUCUUGAGACCUCAUGCUCUAUUAGAGAAAAAUAUUAAUUUGAAUUCAAAUACCUAAACAUUGAUUUCUAUCCAAUAGGAUUGUAUUUGUUAGACUAGAGCUUAUUUUCUUUUCAAAACUGCUUCAGGGUAUAUUCUAUCCUGGCUCAUAUCCUAAAUGAUAAUGCUACCAAAAAAAAAAGCUUUCUGUCAUCAAGUAUGAAGGUUUUAUAACCAACAAUUAGUCAUGAAAAAGAGAGUUUACUAAAAUUAGAAAUAUUUAGUAGUUCUUUUUAUAGAACAAUAUAAUCUUUUGUUUUUCUUCUUUAGAAUACAGCUAAACCCGAUGAUUUCGACCGUAUUCGAACGCUUGGAACCGGUUCGUUUGGACGUGUUAUGCUUGUUAAACAUCAAUCAAGUGGAGGUUUCUAUGCAAUGAAAAUUCUCGACAAACAAAAAGUUGUAAAAUUAAAACAAAUUGAACAUACACUCAAUGAAAAACGUAUUCUUCAAGCUAUUUCUUUUCCUUUUAUUGUCAAUUUGGAGUUUCAUUUCAAAGACAAUUCCUAUUUGUAUAUGGUAUUAGAAUUUGUACCCGGUGGUGAAAUGUUUAGUCAUCUACGUAAAGUUGGUCGAUUCAGUGAGAUACAUGCUCGGUUUUAUGCUGCUCAAAUUGUAUUAACAUUUGAAUAUCUUCAUUAUUUGGAUAUUCUUUAUCGAGAUCUAAAGCCUGAAAAUUUACUAAUCGAUGCUGAUGGAUAUUUAAAAGUAACUGAUUUCGGUUUUGCCAAAAAGAUUAAAGGUCGAACUUGGACGCUAUGUGGUACACCAGAAUAUUUGGCACCGGAAAUAAUCUUAUCAAAAGGAUAUAAUAAAGCAGUCGAUUGGUGGGCAUUAGGUGUAUUAAUAUAUGAAAUGGCAGCUGGUUAUCCACCAUUUUUUGCUGAUCAACCAAUUCAAAUUUAUGAAAAAAUUGUAUCCGGAAAAGUUCGAUUUCCAUCACAUUUUAGUAACGAUUUAAAAGAUUUAUUACGUAAUCUUCUUCAAGUUGACUUAACGAAACGAUAUGGAAAUUUAAAAAAUGGUGUUGAUGAUAUCAAAACUCAUAAAUGGUUUUCAACAUCGGAUUGGAUUGCUAUUUAUCAACGAAAGAUUGAACCACCAUUUGUACCAAAAACUAAAGGACCCGGUGAUGCAACUAAUUUCGAUGAAUAUGAAGAAGAACCACUUCGUAUUGCAACAUCAGAAAAAUUUGGAAAAGAAUUUGAAGAAUUUUAA